UCACACAAUUAACAUAAUCACACACAAUCACUAUAAUAUCUAUCACAGUGAUAUCACACAAUCACCAAUCACACAAUAAAAUCACACACAAUCAUUAUAAUAACACAAACACACAAUAACUGUAAACACAGAAUCUGAUCACACACAAGCAUUCUUAUCACAAAAUUGCACUGCCCACACACAAUCAGUAUAAUCACACAGUCACUAAAACCACAUGGUGAUCACACACAAUCACCGUAAUGACACACAAUCAAUAUCAUCACCCACCAUCACAGAGAUUGACCAGUGUUGUGUUGUGUUGUGUUGUGUUGUGUUAUCUCUGCAGGAGAGUUCGGGAGCUGAACAGCAGCAACACCAAAAAGUUCCUGGAGGAGAGGAAGCGGCUGGCCAUGAAGCAGGCGAAGGAGCUGGAGCAGCUGCAGAAAUCUCAGCGUGAGCAGCUGGAGAAACUGGAGAAGUUCAAUGAGCAGCUUUUGAAAUCACACCACAGUCAGACAGCAGGCCAGAGACAUGCAGAAGAUGGUGAAACUGGAGGAGGACAUGGAGCGCCGGCCGGCCACAGUAGUGUGAGCACUGCCUGCCUGCACUGAGCCAUCAGCCCCGCCCCCUUCCUCCCCCCCGGCUCUAUCCCCCUCCACAGCACCUCCUCUGCAGCGGCCUCCAGCCAAUCCCCAUCCCCCAUGGCCCCGCCCCCUCUGCCGGCCGGGACAGACCGGUUUCCUCCAGCAGAGCCGCUCGUCCUGCGGUCCAUCCGUCACCGCCAGCUGCCGCCAUUACGGCUCCGCCACUCAAGUGUUCUUGUCCACUCUACAGUAUCUGUCCUGAGCUAGUUAACCGUAGCAGAGUCGGCGGACGGACCGAUCAGAGUAGUUCAUGUGGUCAGCACAAUAUCCAGCAGUCCUGAGCACUUUACAUGUGAGCAGCGGAUCUUUGACUAUGUAGCAGAGCACUAGCUUUCCCCCGUACAGUGAGAAUGUAGGCCUGUCGUCCUGCUGUACGCCUUCACCUCCUCCUUUUUAAGACCUCAUUUUAAGCUGAAUGUGUUUUUAUUUCAGGGGUGCAGCGUUUUAGCCGGCCGUCAGCUGGACCGCUUCAUCUUGUGUUGUUUGUUUCUGUGGGAGACGGAGCGUUUGGGAGUAUAUCUGUGUAUCGGUGGUCCGGCUUUCCCGUUUUAUUCUGGUUUUGGCGUGUCCGGCGGUGCCCACAUAUCUGUGUGAAAGCAAAGUGCUUUAAAACUCCAUCGCUUACUAAUGUGCCACUAUUGUCAGGUAGGACGUUUAAUUGUUUUACAAUCAUAAAUGCCAAAAUAAGGGUUUAUUUAUAUAAAGAUGCAUAUAUUAAUAUAUUCUAGUGAGUAGCUGAAGAAGACGUUUGGUUUCUUAGAAGCUUUUUGCACUAGCUGAAUGUUUUCUGUUGUGCGACUCUCACGUAGACGUUGGCUCUGAUAUUAUAGUUUGCGGGAAAAGCAGAUUAUUUUUGCAGAAGUGUCGCUUUGUAUUUCUAUUUGUUUGUCUCCUGAGCUUUCUGUAGCUACUCGAUGGACCAUGCUCUGAGUGCUUUUCUAUUCAUAUAUAUAUAUAUAUAUAGUAAUUGUCAAACUUCUAGCAAUGAAAAUACUCAAAGAACUCUGUUGUUAUCCUGCUACUUUAAUACUGUUUUAUAGUAUGUGUACCAAUAAAUUAUCCCAGGUGUUAAAUUAAA